UUGCAAAUCUUCAAUUCAUAAAACUGCCCGGCUGCUUCUACUAUUUCCAAGUCCUCCGAGUCUUCUAAUCGUCUCCAAGUAAGUCUCUUUCCCCCCCUUUCUGAGUCAUGUCGGACCGUGAGGAUAGCCAGAACCCUUCCGUUCACUCCUACGGUACUGGUGGCCGGUCCCCAACCUUUGGUUCCUCUCAUUCAUCUUCUUCCUCCGAUUCUGAGCACCCGGCUACUUCUCCACAGAAGAAGCCGGCUGAUGCCUCCACUUGCGCUCCCUCUUCUUCCGCGGCGCAAGUGGUCUCGGUUGCCCAGUCCGGGGACGAGGGUUUCAUUCAGCUAGACGAUCGGUUGCUCCAAGGGCAACCGUCGUACAUGCAGAAGCCCCAAGUCCACGAACUGCGUAAUCUGAUGCUCGAUGGGUAUCAAUUGACCUACCGGGCAACGUGGAAGAGUAUUAUACCUCUCCACGCCGGCACGUCGAUUGGUAUCCAUUACCAUUCGAUCAAGGACUUGGGUGAGUUCUCUAUUCACCCAUUCAAAGUCCUUUUCUUUGAGACAUACGGGAUCAUGCCCGGGCAGUUGGCCCCUAAUGGUCACCGUUUGUUGGGCAGUUUCAUCAAUUUCUGCCGGUUCCUUCGUAUUCCUCUCUCUCUCCGUCUCUUUGACUACAUGUUCGAUGUCCGGCCCAGGUCCAAGGAAACCCUUGGAUUCGUGGUGGUGUCUUCCCAUCAAGGCCGGGCAUUCCUCUGCGGCCUUCCACCUUCUAACAAGAAGUCAAACCAACGGAGGCCGAUGACCUGGUUGCCUGGGAAGCCACCCUCCGGGCCGGGGCACACCUCCACCCGCGGUCUGUACCACGUUGGGAAGUGGAGUGUCUACCCCGGCCGGGAAACUGAUCCUGAGCCGGAGAUUGUCCUGCCCGGGGCGAUCCCCGAAGCUAUCCCCAUCAGCCGGGCGAGGGGAUCCAAAGUCCUGGCCACUGCCACUGCCGGUCCUUCACGCCCGGCGAAGAAGAAGAAGGAGAAAGUGGUAAAGUUUCAGUCCAAGUUUGCCGUCCCCCAGAUUGUGGUUGAGGAGCCCACCACUGCUCAACCGAUCGACCCUCCAUCCAGCCAGCCCUUCUCCCUGGAAGAGCAACCAACCCAAUCCCAUCAGGGAACCAACCAGCCCAUUCACUCGGGGGAUCUCUACAUUAAUGUAGAUACCUUCGAGUUCGACACCCUGAUGGGGGAGCCCGGGCACACGUCCCAGGCUGGGAUGGCAGGCCAGCCCAACGAGGAGGGCGAAGCCGAGGAAGAGACAGCUGGGGAGUCUCUUCAACGGAAGAGGCGGAGGACCGAAGAGGUCAACCAGCCAACUCACCAGGGGCCCCAGUCCUCCGAUGCCGGCAAGGGGCCCAUCGUGCCUUGUUCCCUGGCUUUGAUGUCCAGGUCAAACGAGGAACUCUUCCGAGCGUUCCGAUCGGAUCUGAAUGAGGUCGGCCGGAUCGGGGAGGAGUACUUCGCCCGGCUGGUGAAGUCGAUGGAUGAGGAGAAGGCCCGGAUGGAGGCCAUGAUGGUCGAAUGCCGGAAGGAAGCCCAGGCUGCCCGGGCCAAGGCAGUGAAGAUAGAGGCCAAAUGGACAGAGCACUGUGCGGUUUACCGCCAGCUCUAUGCCAAGCACGACGGUCUCCUCAAGGCUGCGAAAGAGGCCGAUGAGCAGGCCCAGGCCAAGAUCAAUCAGCUGGAGGCCGAAAAUGCCCGGUCAGCCGAGGAAAUCGCUCGGCUGGGAGAUGAGCUGCAGAAAGAGCAGUCGGAGCGUGCCGCCCUUGCUGCUGCCUGGGCUACUCAAGCGCCUGAGGAGUUCGCUGCUAAGGCGUUGCCUGACCGGGAGACUGCCAUCCGCUUCUUCCAAGGCUUGUACAAGUACGAGGUCUCGGCCGGGAUCGUCGACGAAAUCGGAACGUACGGCUUUGAAAGCGGUCAGUACUCGGAGCGGAAGGCCCUCUACGGCAUCCUUCAGCAGAGGAUCCAAGGUUUUCAGCCGAAGGCUCUUUCUCUACCCGAGCUGCACAGCGAGGCGCCUGAACCUCCCUUCCCGGGCAUCUGAUCCGUCCGGCCUUCCUUCCUCAUCUAAUUUUCUUUUUUUUUAUGAUGUAAUGGUCUGCCUCCGGGCACUUUUGUAAGACAUUGAAAUAUUAAUGAAAAUAUGCUUUUUGUUAUGUGCUGAGUGCUUUUUUCCAUAUUUCAUUAAUUCUUUUCAACUUAGAUUCUUCAACCGUUUAGAUUAGUAAAUAACAGCCCGGCUA